UGAUAACACGUACGGCGGGGCUUCGCACACGUGAUGAAGUCUAUUAAUGUAGUGAUUUGUGGUUGGAAUCAAAUUACAGCAUCCGUAAUAAAGAUGCUCAGGAAACAUAAAAGUGUGAAUAUAAUUGGAUACUGGUGUGAGUCUUCGAGCAACCGAAUUCAUGCAGAUGUUGCUGGUAUGAAAGUUAUUAGUGAGCCUUUUAAAGAUCUAAUAUCGAAUAAAGAUAUACAGUUUUUAUUUCUUUGUGAUACUCCGGUCAAUCAACGCAAUCUUGUCUCAAUAAUUGAUUGCUUGAGCAAAAAACAGUUUGCUUCGGAUACGGUAUUGCAAGACAUCCCUUAUAUAAUUAUUUUUCCUCCCGUAUCACCUAAUUAUGAUAUGGACAUGUUAGAGAAAGUCAGAAUUCGUGUCGGCUUCGCCAUGCCCUUGAGAAACCUACCUUUAUCUACCCUUUUGUUCACUCACCUUAACUACAAUCAUAAAGAAAUGAAAGCACUCAGGAAUUACGAAUUUACUCGACUCCCCACACAUUGGGUUUUAGGAACUAUAGAAAGCAUUCAUAUAAGAUUGUCCACAGUCAGUUUUGUUGAUGGUAGUGAGUACUCAUGGUUAUCUGAGUCGGAAGAUAUGGGUGGAGGACUGCUGAAUAUGUUCUGUCCAGGUCUUAUUGACCUUGUUUAUUUCCUUUCUGGAGGGCUUCGAAUAACUUCAGUUACGAGUAUUUGCCGAAUAUUCGGUAAAAGAACAAGCGAUCUGAGUCAUUCUAUUCGCCAUAUCUCUGCAGAUGACUACGUCACUAUAAUGGGCGAACUCGACAUACCAACAUUACCCGGAUUUCGUAAACCAGUAGUCGUCAUAAUUCUUUCGUCAGAUAUCCCUUCCCCAAAAAAUAGGAUGAGUGAUCUCCCUGAAGCACAUUUUUAUGACAAUCAUUGUUUCAAACUGGAAAUAGAAAUUAAUGGAUCAACUGGUAGCUUCUUGAUUGAUGAAGGCAAAAGGCGAAUUUCAUGGACACCUCGAAAAGCAGUCUCAUCAAAGCCUGGUAAACUGAACAGCAAACUAACUCAGUUGGACUGCGAAAAUCACUACCGUGACAAACGACCUGGAAAUAUAGAGGAAUCUGAAUUUGAAGGAGUGUAUACUGAUGACGUAUUAGCCAGUGCUGUUGCUAGUAACGUGCCUCGAACUCAGGUUCCUACGAUGCUAAACGUCAAUCUCGAUGAGGAUGGAAUGACAGAAAUAGUUCAUCUAUCAUUAAACGUAAGUUACACCAAGUUGUGUUACUAAUACUAUCUUUUAUCAUGUUACAUCUGUUGACCAUAUGCUUUAUUUAGCAUCCUGUAUUAUCUAUACUAUUCCUUUAAACCAGCCUCAUCCAUCGUAGCUGAUCAUUAGACCGAAGUACUGUGAAGUAAUACAUACAUAGAACUCUAAUAAACCUCACUGUAUCAGUAAGUAACUCUAAGUUCAUUCAAAGGUUUUCUAAGCGUACAACUAUUUAUUACCUAAAACCUCCAGCAAUCAGUUUAAAGCCGUAAUCAUGAUACUGACGAAGAGAGUUGUUCGUCGCCACUUUAAUGGCGAAUCCAAUCGAUAUUCGUAAAUAAAAAGUAUUUGACGUAGCCAGCAAAACGUACUUAAAGUGUUUGCGUAAGGUGGAGUCGUGUAUGACCCAGUAAUAAUUAUAUAACAGUAUAUGCCCGAAUUUAGAGGUCAACCAAUUUGCUUACUUUCUGUCAUCCUAUCACUGUCAGACGUUCUUUUUCGCACAGGACUCACUACAUGACUCGGAAUC